UGUUGGUGGCAGCACUGAGGGGUCCCCCCUGCCCUGUCAUGGCGUCUGCUCUCACGGUCCUCCUCCUCGGCUCCUGGCUGUCCGGACACAGCGGAGUGUGGGGAGAGCCCAGCUACCCCAAACCCAGCAUCUCCCUGAGCCCCAGCGGGGGGGUCUCCCUGGGGGGAGCCGUGAGCGUCUGGUGUCGGGGGCAGCACCGGGGCAUGCGGUUCGUGCUGAAUAAAGAGCGACGCCAUUUCCCACCUGUGGAUUCGGACGACAAUGAGGCUGUGUUUCCCAUCAGCAACGUGCGCCGGGAGGACGGCGGGAACUACAGCUGCUCCUAUCACAGCAGAUCUAAGCCGUUCGCCGUGUCGUACCCCAGCGACCCCAUGGAGCUGGUGGUGAGAGAUCCCAACUUACCCAGACCCUCCAUCGCUCUGAGCCCCACUGGGGUCACCGCCCCAGGGGCAGACGUCACCAUCCGGUGUCAGGGGCAGCGCUGGGACGUGAGGUUCUUCCUGCACAAGGCUGGAGACCUGAACCCGCAGCGACACAUGGACACUGCUGGGGACGGGGCCGAGUUCCGCAUCCCCACCGUGGGCCGGCAGCAUGGAGGGAACUACAGCUGCAGCUACCGGCCCCAAUCAGAGCCCUUCAUCUCGUCAUACCCCAGCAGCUAUGUGGAGCUGUUGGUAGCAGAGCCCAGCUACCCCAAACCCAGCAUCUCCCUGAGCCCCAGCGGGGGGGUCUCCCUGGGGGAAUCCGUGGCCAUCUGGUGUCAGGGGCAGCGCCGGGACAUGCGGUUCGUGCUGAAUAAAGAGCGACGCCAUUUCCUAUCUGUGGAUUCGGACGGGUUUGAGGCUGUGUUUCCCAUCAGCAAUGUGAGCCGGGAGGACGGCGGGAGCUACAGCUGCUCCUAUCACAGCAGAUCGGAGCCAUUCGCUGUGUCGUACCCCAGCGACCCCAUGGAGCUGGUGGUGAGAGAUCCCAGAUUACCCAGACCCUCCAUCUCUCUGAGCCCCAUUUGGGUCACUGCCCCAGGGGCAGACGCCACCAUCCCGUGUCAGGGGCAGCACCGGGACGUGAGGUUCUUCCUGCACAAGGCUGGAGACCUGAACCCGCCGCGACACAUGGACCCUCCUGGGAACAGGGCCGAGUUCCGCAUCCCCACCGUGGGCCGGCAGCACGGAGGGAACUACAGCUGCAGCUACCGGAACCGAUCAGAGCCCUUCAUCUCCUCAGAGCCCAGCGACCCCGUGCAGCUGGUGGGAGCGGCUGUGAUACCGGAGCCUCCAAAUGUCCCCUCGUGGUGGGUUCAGCUGACAAAGGUGAGUGAGAAGUUCAGGCAGCGUCACGAGAACCUGGAUGAAUGA